AUGGCACAGCCAACAGAUAUCAUUGAAGCCGUCAUUCUUGUUUUCUUUUGCACAACCUCAAUUCUUGGUAACCUCACUUUAUUUUUCGUCGUCACGAGAAGGAAAAACCUUCGCACAAUCUCCAACGGUUUUCUUCUCAACUUAGCCUUUGCUGAUUUACUUGUAUCACUGAUCAACAUGCCGAUUACAGUCGCCACGAUCAUUGAGCAACGGUGGGUAUUUGGAAGAACCGCAUGCGUGUUUCUAGGAUUCACCACAAUGUUGUCGUUCGUUUCGUCUGUAAUGUCGCUUGCUAUGAUAGCUAUCAACAGAUAUUUUUACGUGGUGCAAUGGAAAACGUACAAAUCGAUCUUUACUCCAAGGAGAUCUUUUAUCUUUGGAUCAAUUGUAUGGCUUAUAUCUUCGUUGAUAUCCCUCCCCCCUCUUUUUGGCUGGGCGGAAUAUCGUUACAUCCCUGGAAAAUCAUUCUGUUUUGUAUCCUGGGCCUCCGAUGUUUACUACAUGUACUUCAUGCUAACAAUAUGCUUUUUUGGCCCCCUGACAGCUAUGUCUUUUUCAUACUUUCACAUUUUGAAAUUUACGAAAGAAGCAGGAAAACGCGUUCAGGACCACGGAGAUGUUGCGAGAAAACGGUGGGAAAGCGAACUUGGAGAUAAGAGAAACAAAAAGCGUUUUAGAAUGACACCAACAGAAGUGAAGUUAACAAACACUUUGCUGAUUGUUGUUGCUUGUUUCAUGUUUUGUUGGAGUCCAUUUGCCAUCACCAUGUUUUUUGAUGUUUACUAUCCCCAUCCAUUGCCAAGAAUAAUUGAUAUUAGCACUUUACUACUUGGUUACGCUAAUAGCAUGUGUAACCCUGUGGUUUAUGGAAUAAGAACUCAAAGUUUCAGAAAAGAAAUCCGUAAUCUCUUCACAGAAUUGUUUUCCUCGUGUUUUACAAUACGUGUAGUGUCUUUUGCUGACUCCGCCGUUCAAGUAACUUCUGAACUGCCCCCAUUCGAUAAAAGCCACAGUGCAGAAUUCAGGGAGAAGCAAUACGCCGAGAAUGAAACCAAAAGUUGA